GGCUGCAGCUGCAGCUGAACCCCCUUCCGAGAUGCAGUGCAACGAUGGACUGCAGGUAUAUAAGAGCAUCUCCGGGGCCCCUCGAUCGUUUGAUUUCCACACACGACUUGAAUCUGCUAUCCGACACUGAUCACGAUGGCUCUUCCCAACAUCAUCGCCGUGUUCCUGCUCCUCGUACUCGCAACCGCACAAACAACAACCACCACCUUCGCAACAAGAACAGCACCAACCCCGACCCCCUGCGGCACCCUCCCCUCGUGCCCGAACGCCCAAACCUGCACCACCGCCGUCUUCUUCACCCCAACAGCCUCCUACACCACCACCGUGACCUGCGUCCCCAAGCCAACCUGUCUAGGCGUUUACGAGGUGUGUUCAUACGGCAGCGGCCUCGGCUGUUGUUCCGGGUAUUGUGCGGCGAGCCAUUGUCGGAAUACGGAUCCUAAUUGGCCGUAUUGUCAGGAGGAUAUGGGGGUUUGUCGUGGGGAUGCGGAUUGUUGUUAUGGGAAUAAAUGUGUGGUGGGGGUGUGUUUGCGCGGGGCUUAGGGGUUCAAAAGAGGGGUUUACAUGCCGGGUGGCUUGGACACGAAAUUGGGAGUGUUGGAUGGGCGAGUUGACGAUAGG